CCAAUCCUUUACCAGUUGUCUUAGAAUUGUGCACAAACGCAGACACAAAAAUCCUUCCAUCUGGCAUUGGUUUCGCAUCUACAUGGAAAAGUAUCAUGGUGGGAAUAUUGGUCUAAACGACUCAACAAUCUGUCGGACUAACAGAACUCUUCAUUUUAUGUGGAUUUAUUAAAAACAGGCAAACAAAAGUAACAAGAUGUAUCUGUCAUAUGGAAUACUUAUCACAUUUUCUGGAUUGAUCAUAUUUUCCAAAGUGAAUCUGGCAUGCACGAGUGAAUCAAGCGACGAUUUACCACAAAACGAUGCCACUACCCAACACCAUAACGCAAUAACUGGAUUCUUUGUCAUUAUCCUUGUUUUGUGCAUCCUGGUUGUUCUCCUCGUCAUUAUCGGUUUAUGCUACUUCUUUAGGAAACGAAAUGACAAUUUGAUGGACAAUCUCGAUUUAGCAUACACUCAUUCGGAAGAGAGUUUUCGCAUGUCUGUAAAGGCCCAGCAAGAAAAGUCAUGUUCAACAAUUUGCCUUCCAGAACCAUUGCCUAAAGUUCGCUCGCAAAGCUGCAGUGAUUUUGCACCACGGGAUGAUCCUCUUAGACAAUCCUUUAGACUUCCAACGAAGAAGCCAAAUAUCAAUAUAAUUAUUGGUGAAGAAGCCAGACACUGUUCACCGUAUCCAGUUCCAGAAAAAAUGUCAAGAAGGAACACAAUAGGGAGUUCCGCUCGCUCGACAUUCACUCCCAGAGAAGAUACAUUCCAGUGUCCAAAGAGGGUUUCCACGAAUCCUUUUCAACGACAGAUGUCGCUUCCUGUUUCUGUCCGCUCGGAAUCCAGAGUCCAAAGAAACCCACUUUACGAGAAUUCUCAAAGUUGCCCGUUCACGUAAUUUACAUUUACACUCUUAAGAAACUGGGAAAUUUCUCAGGUGGCAUAAAAAUUGGGCACAAGUCACAAACAUUUAAGAGACUUUCUGGCAACCUUUUUGGAAAGUAAAAUAUUGUGAAAAUCUUGUACCUAAGGCCAUUUAUCCUCUACCAAGAUAAAAAUUUUGCUUGGGAAUUUUUGAUCUUAAUUUCAAUAUUUACAAAUUUAUGUAAUAAUAAUAAUAUUAUUAAUAAUGAGAAAAACCCAAUAAUAAAAUUAUUUUCAGAGAGAGCGUAUUCAUAAAUCAUUCCAAAUCUAUUUGAUAUGUACAUUUAUGUAUAAAGUUAAUUACAGUAAUAGAAUAAGAACUUUAUUCAAUUCAAAGUAUCGUUUUAAUACUAGUAACGUAAAAAAAUGUGCACUGCUUUGAAAUGUAAUUUAAAUUAUAUAAGAGUGCUCGUUGAAAUUGCUAAGUUUGCUGCCAAUAGAAGAUCUUCCUAAUCCUAUGCAAAAACAAGGAGAUCUAAUAUAGUCGAUUAUUAUCAAAGUUUGUAAAAAUAGGUAUUAGAUUGUUACCUUUCAAGUUUAUGAAUUUCACAUAAGAUGCAAGUGUCUUUCUUAACAUAAGUUGUGAUACCCCUCCCCUUUCAGAUUCCCCAUUUAUUCUGGGCCAAAUGUGUACAUAAUUACCAUCUCUUUACAGUUGGACAAUAUACUCUAAGCUACAGUAGUUAAUAUGCAAGUCUGUAUUUAUAAUUCAUGGGAUUAGCUUACAUCUGUCUAAUACCUCAUUCGCUCGACAGAAAAUGUACUAUCUGUUCAGAUAUUUCUCUACCAAGAUAAGUCGCUUUUCACACUCCUAUUAUACCAUCCUUGCUAAAAAUUUGGCACAAUUAAUACACAGAGAGUGAAGGCACACGCAACACUAAAGAUAAACUGUGCCCUGUUACCAUGCCAACAGAUUGCUUCCUAUAUUUCUUGGGAACUUUUCAGGCCUUUGUGAGAUAUGUUUUCAGACCAAUAUAUCCUUGGUAUUCUUAGGAGGACAUGCACUCUUACGAGUGAAAUACACUUGCUGGAAAAAUAUCCUAGGUACAAUUUGUUAAUAUUUAGUACGUUUCUGUUGUGUGAAUUAAGUAUUAUUAUUCAUAUGCAGAUGUAUUAAACCUAACAAUUUUGAUUUAACAUGUAACAGUUUGUAGUAUAUUGUUUAUUGUUUGGAAACUUGUGGAAUUUAAAAUACUUACCACAUCUAACGUGUCAUGGUUAAAUUUGAUUAAUACUUUACUAUAAGUAUUAAACACCAUGUAUAUAUUAUAUGUAUAAUAUAAGAUAUAACUGCCAAAUAAAUCAAAUAAGCUUGAAAAUUAAAAAAAAUAGAAUUAAAUUGCUUACGCAUAUUAUAUCACUCAACUAAACCUAUUAUAAAUAAACAAAUUUGCCUACCAAUUAACAUGCAUUUAGUUAAAACUAUUUGUAUAGUCUUUGCCUUGCAUUUCUACCAGAAAAUUCUAGAAUGUUUAUAAUAAUACAUCAUUGAAAAUGGAUUGUGUUUUUAUAUGUGACUUACAUUGGAAGUUGAUAAUCUAUGUAAUUUUAGUAUCAUUUAAGCAAUUUAAAUUUAUUUUAAGACUUUUUUCUCAAUUUUUUGAGUGGCAGUAUACCUACAUGCAUGCACAGUGGCGGCAAGAGGAUUUCCCCAACGAGGAGUCCAAGACCCUAGGCAAGAAAUUCAGUUUCCCUGGAGAGAGGUCCAAUUUCCCCAACAGGAGUCUAAAAUAAUUGACCACCAACAUUGUGCGAAUAUACUCAUAUGAAGUUUAUGCACAUUAUAGAUUGAUGAUGAUGAUGAUGAUCGAAAUCACCUUAAUUCCACAAUGAUUAGAGCAAAAAAUUUAAGAAUAAGCACCUCUAAAUGUCACAGAAAUGGCACU